CUUCAGCAUUUUUCUGUAGUCUGUUUCUCUUAAAUCUAACUAGCUUGCUAUCCAUGUGCCAGAGCCAUGAGUUGGUUGCGAGAUCUUAUGGGUUUCACCUCUAGCCUACCCCAACUUGUUUGGGACUACACGCUUUGUUGUUGUUGUUGUUUCUCUUAAAUCUAACUAUGUCACUGCAUCACCAGCAACGAUUACGAGUCGAACGACUAGUCUAGACUAGUCGCUCGACUAGUCUAUGAGUCGCAAACUGGCUGUCGACUCGGUUUCUCGUGUAGACUACUUGUAUGAGUCGAGCCAGUCAUCGACUAGUCGACGACUAGUCCAGACUAGUCGACAUGUUCGAGUCGAACGACUCAAAAAACUGGGGGAGUAUAAAUACGAUGCCUCAUCCCGCGGGAGACCUAAUCCUUUCUUUCCCCUCCUCACCUGGACGCGCCGCCGGCUGCUGGACGCGCCCGUCGAUCCCUCCUCGCGCCGCCGGCCGCUGGACGCCUGCCGCCGCGGAUCUGAAGCUCCACCGUCGCCGGCCCCACGUCGCGGAUCUGAAGCUCCACCGUCGCCUUCGUCUCGCGCCCCUCCUCGCGCCGCCGGCCCCUCGUGCUCUUCUCCUCUUCAGGCAGUGCACAAGAUGAUCAUCGAUGCUGGAGCCUAUCCAUCCCCGCUUGGAUACGGUGGGUUUCCAAAAAGUGUAUGCACAUCAGUGAACGAAUGCAUGUGCCACGGUAUUCCUGAUUCACGAGAACUAAAGGAUGGAGACAUAAUUAACAUUGAUGUCACUGUCUACUUGAACGGUUUUCAUGGGGAUACCUCUAAAACGUUUUUCUGUGGAGAAGUUGACGAAGCUGCUAAAAGACUUGUGAAGGUUACUGAAGAGUGCAUGCUUAGGGGAAUAUCAGCCUGCAAACAUGGUGUGAGCUUUAAGAAAAUCGGCAGAAGAAUAAGCGAGCAUGCUGAGAGGCAUGGAUUUGGUGUCGUGGAGCAAUUUGUUGGGCAUGGAGUUGGCAGAGUAUUCCAUUCACAGCCAAUUAUAUAUCACCAGCGCAACAACAUGCCGGGGCAGAUGGUAGAAGGGCAGACAUUCACAAUAGAGCCGAUCCUGACCAUGGGAGGCAGCAGCAUCGAGUGCGACAUGUGGGAGGACGGCUGGACGGCGGUGACGACGGACGGCAGCCUGGCGGCGCAGUUCGAGCACACCAUCCUCAUCACCAGGACCGGCGCAGAGAUCCUCACCAAAUGCUAGCAAAGCCAGCGAUGAAGGCGUACGAAUCCUUACCCGCGUAGAUCACGCGAUUUCUUACCCGCGUAUACAAAGCAUUAUUGCUGAAACAGCUGCGUAGGUAUAGCCGGUUAUUUUUGGCAGCAGCAGAGAGCUUCCCCAAUCUUUUCUCUGCCGGUUU